AUGGACUUAGUAAAGUGUUUAAUUUUCUCAAUUUACAUAAUUUUAACAGCUUUGACUUUAGCUAAACAAAAACCUCCAAUUAUGGCACGAUUUAGAACUGUGAAAUGUACUUCGUCAAAUAAAACAUUCAAUGCCAACAUAACCUGCAGUAUUAAGGCUUAUGAUCGAUAUGCUGCAAAGUUGACAGUUCUGGUGAACUUUGAUGUCAAAACUUAUCAGAUUUUGUUUGACUCGUCUGUAAUGUACAAACAGCCAGUUGGAACUUCCUAUCGUGUCCUUAUCAACAAAACAGCUGACAUAUGUGGACAUCUUGGAGGCAAGAGUGACGUUCUUUUAGAAUGGUAUCUUAAAUUACUGUGGAAGGAACUUCCACCUUCACUUUUACAUCCAUGUCCAUACAUUGUAAGCUAUUUGACAUUUGCUGUCUAA